AUGGAGCAUCCCGACAUCGCUAGCCACGACUCGGAUGGCUCGGGGUCCUCGGAUGAGUUUCCCCCUCAAUACCCCCUGAGGGCCAACUCAUCCUCCGGCGAGGGCUUCAUCGAUGGUGCUCAGAUCCAGACUCCGGCCACCACCAUUGCCUCCUCACCUCCAUCCCACUCCUCGAGCCUGGGAUCCUCAUGGACCAGCAAUUCGACUACGCGGCCACGCGGGGCUAGUGUUGGGGCCGCCGCCGUCCUCGAGAAACCCGAUCCUCAUGCCAUGGCCACUGAUCUACGUCCUCAACGUCCGUCGGCGCCCGCGAGAACCCCCUCCAACACCUACGCCCCCCAGCGCCGCCCGCCACAGUAUAUUAGCCUCCAGAGCGACCGGCAGCGCUCUUCGUCGGCGAAAAGAGGCACCCGACGCGACCCAAACGCACAAUAUCGCGCUCAGGAAAAGGCUUAUGUGCAGCGCAUUCGGGCUAAUCCGCAGGCCUGGUAUCACCACUUUGACGACGACCCGCAAUCCGCCAACAUGGUCGUCGCAGAUGCCGAUCUCGAGGACCCUUCGCCUUCCUCUGAAGUGCCCUUUGAUGACGAUGCUUACGAUCCCGAUACCCAAUUAUUCCUUGCCGAUGACAACCUGCCGACGAUCGAAGAACUGAAGAACCCGAAGAAUCAAGAACGGCUGGAGUGGCAUUCGAUGUUGGCUUCUGUAUUAAAGGGAGAUGUGGUCAGACAAGAGAAACAGCGCUUGAUCGACUCCACUGAAUCGAAGCGAUCAGCUGCUUUGGGCCAUGCCCUCUGGAUGGGCGUUCGGGCCAGGACGUGUGGACGAAGCCUUGCCCUCCAACGGAAGCUCAUUGAGGAUGCUCGAGCACAGCUUAACCCUGUGAUCGAAGAUAUCAUCAAUUUCCAGAUCAAGGGGGAGACAGAAAUCGGCAAACCGCCCAGGCAGCAGGUUGAGGAUGUGGUGGAGAAGAUCGAGAAAUGCGAGGUUCUCUACUCUACGUCCAAAGAGAUGGAAGCUGCGAACCCUCGUACCGCUUCGGAAGAAUUCUACUCGAGUCGUGCCGCCAUUUUUGCCUGGCAUAAUAUUACGGCUCUCAUCAACACUGAGCUGGCCGUAUUGCAAAGCUGGGUCGGCAACGAUGCUCUGGAUUUCAGCCAGCCCAGAACGAAAUCUGAGAAUAGUGACCUGUCGGAUGAGUCAACUUUCCUGGAUCGUAUCAUGAAGGAAGACGGACUGAAAACGCUUCAGGGCGACCACAGCAUGCUAAACGGACUUGGCGGUGUGAUUCAAAAGGCAAAGGGCACAUUGAUUGAGAAUGCGGAGGCUUUUGCUGCUCGACAUCUACCCCCUUAUAUCGAAGAGCUCUUGACUUUGAUCAAUUUCCCCUCACGGCUGAUCCAAGAAAUCAUUCGCGUCCGAUUGUCCUACGCCAAAAAUAUGAAGGACCCCGCUCAGCAGUCUCCUAUCUUGGUGGAUCAGAUGAUCUCUCAGUUCCAGAUUUUGAUGAGGGUGGCGACUCAAAUCAAGCAGCGCUAUCUGGCUAUCUCGAGUCCCGAGCCUGGCUGGGAUCUACCGCCUUGUGUUGACGAGAACUUCGACUCGGUGGUCUUAGAUGCCAUGAAAUACUAUUUCAAGAUUCUGAACUGGAAAUUGAAUGCCAACAAGAACACAUUCAAGGAGGCUGAAAUCCUCGAACAGGAGUGGGAGUUCUCCUACGUUAUCGGCCGGCAACUGGAAAGCGGCGAUAUCGAGGUGGCCGAACAGUUUAGUGCUUUGACUGCCAAGUCACUUCAACGCCUUAUGAUUCACUUCGAGCGCGAGCUUGUACCGAGACCUAACGAGUCGGUAGCGGAUAUGGACAAGCGCUAUAAGAGCAUUCUGGAUUCAACUCGUAUCCGCCAGCGCAAAUUAUACCGAUUCUCCAAAUUCCUCUGUCAACUCUUCGAAAAUGCCACCGAGUACAACCUCUCAGCCGAUAUCGCGUACGAUUUCUUCGAGGCGCUACUUGUCUCUGACCAUUUCCUUGUUACCUCGCCCAGCUCAGUGGGCCAGAGGGGAGUCUACCUGAUUGCGCACCAUUCGUUAUGGAAUCGACCUGCCGAUAUCCAAGCUAUUCUUGCCACCUCAUUCCGCGAAGACGAAGCUACGAAGGACGGGCCACACAUUCCGUAUGUGCUGGUCAUUCGCCCGGAGAAGCCCGUGGCAUGGGCUGGCAAGGAAAUGCAGGUGGAUUUCUUGGAGCAACCGACAGACGUUCGUCUUGGCAAGCUGCGUCUAGUUGUUGAGGGCAUGCAAGAGCGACUGCAGAAUGCCAGGAUGGAGCUGGCCCAGCUCACUGGGAUCCAGCUGGAUAUGGCGAUUGAGCAGCGCGCGAAUCUUGGCCGUGUGAACGUGGAGUUGAACAAGAUCAAGAAAAUAUCCUUCAAGCUGUCCAUGGCUAUCAUGGACAGUGUGGCUGUGAUCAAGGAUCAACUUCGGGAGAAGACGUGGGAGAACAACGACCUGAUUCAGGCUUGCUAUGCGUUCGCAACUGAGUUUGGUAAGCGUUCUUCCAAUUAUGUCGACGCCAAUCGGCGCGCUAUGAACAGUGCCCGGCUAGUGGAGCUGUCUCUCGACUGGGUUUCUUUUAUCUGUGAUGAAUGCGAUGCCGCUGACCGAAAGACCUUCAAGUGGGCGGUGGCUGCCCUGGAGUUUGCGAUGGCCAUUACUUCCAGCCGACAUCUCCUGUCGAUGGAUGAGGAAGAGUUUAGCCGUCUGCGGUCGAAGGUCGCGGGGUGCAUGUCCCUGCUCAUCUCCCACUUUGAUAUCAUGGGCGCUCGUUCAUCUCUUGCUGCUCAGGCUGAGAAACAGCGAAUGGAGGAGCGUGCUGGUGCCCGCAAGGACGGCGCUGGUCGCAUGCUAACUGACGAAGAGGCAUCAAGGCUUAUACGCGAGCAGUGGCACGCUCGAGUGAUGGAGAUUGAAGACCGCAGAGUGGAGGAAGAUGCCAAACGCCAAGCCCUCGGAAAGGUCCUAGAGAGCUCCAACGAGGCCGACAGGUCUCUUACGGUUCUCUCAUCCUCUGCCACGAACGUCACACUACGGUGGCAGCAAGGCCAGUUCAUCGGUGGCGGUACCUUCGGCUCUGUGUAUGUUGCUAUCAACCUGGAUAGCAAUUAUUUGAUGGCUGUCAAGGAAAUCCGUCUGCAGGAUCCCCAGUUGAUACCUAAGAUCGCGCAGCAAAUUCGCGAUGAAAUGGGAGUUCUGGAAGUGUUGGAUCAUCCAAACAUCGUGUCCUAUCAUGGCAUUGAAGUGCACCGUGACAAGGUUUACAUCUUCAUGGAGUACUGCUCGGGCGGCUCACUCGCUAGCUUGUUAGAGCACGGCCGCAUCGAAGAUGAGACGGUUAUUAUGGUCUAUGCACUCCAACUCCUCGAGGGUCUCGCCUAUCUGCACCAAGCAGGUAUUGUGCAUCGAGACAUUAAACCCGAAAACAUCCUGCUCGAUCACAAUGGAGUCAUCAAGUAUGUGGAUUUCGGUGCCGCAAAGAUCAUCGCCCGAUCGGGUCGCACAGUCGCACCGAUGGACGCGCCCAACGGCGGUAUUCUCGGAAAGGAUGCCCAGAUUCCCAACCAGCGCAAAAACCAGAAAACUACCACUGGUACCCCCAUGUACAUGUCUCCUGAAGUCAUCCGUGGCGACUCCCCCAACUUGGUCAACCGGCAGGGCGCCGUUGAUAUUUGGUCCUUGGGAUGUGUGAUCUUGGAAAUGGCGACUGGUCGCCGUCCCUGGUCUACUCUUGACAAUGAGUGGGCGAUCAUGUACAACAUUGCUCAGGGUAAUCAGCCAACUCUGCCAAGUCGCGAUCAGCUCAGCGAGGUAGGCAUCGACUUCCUGGGCCGCUGCUUCGAAUGCGACCCCUUGCGACGACCCACUGCCGCCGAGCUACUCCAGCACGAGUGGAUAGUCUCGAUCCGUCAGCAGGUGGUACUUGAACCUGCAACACCCGGCAGCGACAACGGCAGUUACAGCAGCUCAGGCUCUGCAAGUCGCCAGGGCUCGACCUAUAUGUGA